UGGGCUCGACACCUUUCUCAGCUUCUCCCUCCCGCAGCUCCAGUGCCCGAGCUUCGGCUCCCCCGGUUCCCGCAACCGCUUCUUUUUUCCCCUCCCCAAGCCCCAGUAGAACCCAGCAAGGACCCUCUCGGUCCUCAAUCCCUCCCUGGGCUCCCAGAAGCUGCUUUUCUCCUCCCCAUUGCCUGGGGCUUGCUAGCCAUCCACCCCCAAGGACCCAGGCCCCUGAACAAGAGAAUAACCUUCGGCCUUCUCGGCCCCACCCCCCGCAGCCGGAGCCGCGCCCCCCUUUACCGUAGAUCCGGGAGCAAAAGGAGGUGGACUCCAAGCAACCCCUAGCCCAAUUCUCUCCUCCAUCCCAAAGGGCAGCAAAAUUGUCUUCCUUUGCUGACCCCUAGCAGGAAAGCAGAAUUAAAGGGAAAGAUAAAAGGACCCGGAGGGAAAGUGACACCUAGAUUAUUCUGGAGAAACACAGGAGAGAAAUUAGGGUGAGUCGCCAUGGGUACUCCCUGGGCCCAGCACCCGCCGCCUCCCCAGCUGCUGUUCCUAAUUCUGCUGAGCUGUCCCUGGAUUGAGGGUCUGCCCCUGAAGGAGGGUGAGACACAGCCAGAGCCUGGAAGUGAGUCUCCCACAGUGGCCUCUGAGGACCUGGCUGAGCUGCUCCAUGGGACCCUGCUGCGGAAGGGCCCAGAGAUGGGCUACUUGCCGGGAUCUGACCCAGACCCCACACUAGCCACCCCUCCAGCUGGACAGACUCUUGCGGCACCCUCCCUGCCAUGGGCCACUGAGCCAGGGACAGGGCCUCUGACGACAGCUGUCACCCCUAAGGGGGUCAGGGGGGCAGGCCCCACGGCACCAGAACUGCUGACCCCACCCCCUGGAACUACAGCCCCACCCCCACCUGGCCCAGCCUCCCCAGUCCCACCCCUCAGGCCUGAGGGAGGAGAGGAGGAGACCACCACCACCAUCAUCACCACAACAACUGUCACCACUACUGUCACCAGCCCAGUUCUGUGCAAUAACAACAUCUCUGAGGGUGAAGGCUUUGUGGAGUCUCCAGAUUUGGGGAGUGCUGCCAGCCGCUCCCUGGAGCUUCUGGACUGCACCUACAGUAUCCAUGUCUACCCUGGCUAUGGCAUUGAGAUCCAGGUGCAGACACUGAACCUGUCUCAGGAGGAGGAGCUCCUGGUGCUGGCUGGUGGGGGGUCCCCUGGACUGGCCCCCAGACUGCUGGCCAACUCCUCCAUGCUGGGAGAAGGACAAGUCCUUCGGAGCCCAACCAACCGGCUGCUCCUUCAUUUCCAGAGUCCCCGAGUCCCAAGGGGCGGUGGCUUCAGGAUCCACUAUCAGGCUUACCUCCUGAGCUGUGGCUUCCCACCCCGGCCAGCCCAUGGGGAUGUGAGUGUGACAGAUCUACAUCCUGGGGGCACUGCCACCUUCCACUGUGACUCAGGAUACCAGCUGCAGGGUGAGGAGACACUUAUCUGCCUCAAUGGCACGCGGCCAGCCUGGACUGGUGAACCCCCCAGCUGCACAGCAUCCUGUGGUGGCAUCAUCCACAAUGCCACACUGGGUCGAAUCGUGUCUCCUGAGCCCGGGGGAGCCGCAGGGCCUAAUCUCACCUGCCGCUGGGUCAUUGAAGCAGCUGAGGGACGCCGGCUACACCUGCACUUUGAGAGAGUCUCACUGGAUGAGGACAAUGAUCGGUUGAUGGUACGCUCAGGGGGUAGUCCCCUGUCCCCUGUGAUCUAUGACUCUGACAUGGAUGAUGUCCCUGAGCGUGGUCUCAUCAGUGAUGCUCAAUCCCUCUACGUGGAACUGCUUUCAGAGACACCUGCCAAUCCCCUGCUGCUCAGCCUCCGAUUUGAAGCCUUUGAGGAAGAUCGAUGCUUCGCUCCUUUUCUGGCACAUGGCAAUGUGACUACUACAGACCCUGAGUACCGCCCAGGGGCACUGGCCACCUUCUCAUGCCUCCCGGGAUAUGCUCUGGAGCCACCAGGUCCCCCCAAUGCUAUUGAAUGUGUGGAUCCCACAGAACCCCAUUGGAAUGACACAGAGCCAGCCUGCAAGGCCAUGUGUGGAGGAGAGCUGUCUGAGCCAGCUGGUGUGGUCCUGUCUCCUGACUGGCCCCAGAGCUAUAGCCCCGGCCAGGACUGUGUGUGGGGCCUGCAUGUCCAGGAAGAGAAGCGCAUCCUGCUCCAAGUUGAGAUCUUGAAUGUGCGCGAAGGGGACAUGCUGACGCUGUUCGAUGGGGACGGUGCCAGCACUCGAGUCUUGGCCCAGCUGCGGGGACCUCAGCCGCGUCGUCGUCUCCUCUCCUCUGGACCCGACCUCACUCUGCAGUUUCAGGCACCGCCUGGCCCUCCAAAUCCAGGCCUAGGCCAGGGCUUCGUAUUACAUUUCAAAGAGGUCCCCAGGAACGACACGUGCCCGGAGCUGCCACCCCCGGAGUGGGGCUGGAGGACGGCGUCCCACGGGGAUCUGAUCCGGGGCACGGUGCUCACUUACCAGUGCGAACCUGGCUACGAACUGCUGGGCUCCGACAUCCUCACCUGCCAGUGGGACCUGUCCUGGAGCGCAGCUCCACCCGCCUGCCAAAAGAUCAUGACUUGUGCUGACCCAGGUGAAAUCACCAAUGGCCACCGAACGGCCUCAGAUGCCGGCUUUCCCGUGGGCUCCCAUGUCCAGUAUCGCUGUCUGCCAGGGUACAGCCUUGAGGGGGCAGCAGUGCUCACCUGCUACAGCCGGGACACAGGCACACCCAAGUGGAGUGAUCGGGUCCCCAAAUGUGCUUUAAAGUACGAGCCAUGCCUGAACCCGGGUGUUCCUGAGAAUGGUUACCAGACACUGUACAAGCACCAUUACCAAGCGGGCGAGUCUCUGCGCUUCUUCUGCUAUGAGGGCUUUGAGCUCAUUGGCGAGGUCACCAUCACCUGUGUGCCUGGUCACCCCUCCCAGUGGACCAGCCAGCCCCCACUCUGCAAAGUGGCCUAUGAGGAGCUCCUGGACAACCGAAAACUGGAAGUGACCCAGACCACAGACCCAUCACGGCAGCUGGAAGGUGGGAACCUCGCCUUGGCCAUCCUGCUGCCCCUAGGCUUGGUCAUCAUCCUUGGCAGUGGUGUUUAUAUAUAUUAUACCAAGCUACAAGGAAAAUCCCUCUUUGGCUUCUCUGGUUCUCACUCCUACAGUCCCAUCACUGUGGAGUCAGACUUCAGCAACCCACUGUAUGAAGCUGGGGAUACACGGGAGUAUGAAGUUUCCAUCUGAACUCCAAGUCAAAUUCUACAGGACCCAGGACCUCCCCUUAUCUCCUCAUUCUGAGCAGUGAGAAGCAUAGGGCCUGGUCUCUGGCUCCUGGCUCCCCUUUCCCCUGCUGUGUAAAUAGUCUCCCUAUCCCAUGAGGGGGCUCUGAUGGCUCUGGAGACCCCAGAAUAAAUAAACCAGCAUCCUGCCACCCAAAGCUGCCUCUUCUUAGUUGCCAAACAAGGGGCCUACCCCCCUGCCCUACUGACUUCUGGACCCAGGGAGGGGCACUUAGCCCCUUAAAACUCGGGGCCCCUCCAGCCCAGGGCUCUACUCUCAAGGACUGCCCCCAACAGCUCUACUCUCCCCUUGGCCAUGAAGGCACCCCACCCUCAGAUACCUGACUGCUGCUGGGCCUUGGAGGGUGAAGAGGAGGAGGAGGGAUGAGGGGGAGCUGGGCCAAGGCCCUGCCCCCUUCCUGCAUCUCCCCAACCCACAAUCUCUCCACCUUUAUUUGCUUCUGGAUUUUUUUGUUUUUGAGCAAUAAACAGAAAAUCACCACUUGUAA